GAUGACGUCAAGUUCAAGAUGGAUGGAAUCACGACUACCAUACACUCAACAGAAUUCUGAUAUAAAUUCUUGUUCGUGUGCUCCGUGAGAACAGAACGAAGACAUAGGGCCAGAAUGGAGAGUCUGGUGCACUACAGUAAUCCAUCCCAUGGCCUCUCUGUGCUGGGGGUGCUCAAUGAGCAGCGCCUGAGGGGGCAGCUCUGUGACACAGUCUUGGUUGUGGGGGAUCAGCGGUACCAGGCCCACAGGAGUGUGCUCGCCGCUAGCAGUGAGUAUUUCCAAUCACUGUUCACAAGAAGGGAGUCUGAGCCCCACAAAGUGAUACAGCUGGACUUCUGUGAGCCUGAUGCCUUUGAGAUAGUACUGAAUUACAUAUACUCAUCCUCCCUCUUCGUGGACAGAGGCAGCCUGGCAGCCAUCCAGGAGCUGGGCUACAGUCUAGGAAUCCAUUUUCUAACCAACAUUAUGUCAACAAGGCCGCAUGUGUCCUACUGCGUCUCCAGAAAAAGGCUGUCCUUCUCAGAGGACGAUAACGACAUCCAGCUGAGGAGUGUCAUUGUGCGCCAGAGCCGAAGGGGUGAUGCUCCCGGGGCCGGAUGCUAUGGUCCAAAUGAUCAAGGAGAACAGACUCAAGCUUCAGGACACAGGAAACCAAACGAAUCAGCCAGGAACACUGCAUCCAAUCCCAGAAAAUCAGCUGAAGCAACUGGUGAGGGUUCUGAUAGCAAGCCCAUCAGUUCAUAUGCCUCCAUCUUAAAGGGGAAGACAUCACACACAGGGUCAUCAGUAAGGCCACAGCUCACCUCCUCAGUCUCCUUCAGUGAAUCUCCAACAGUCAUGUUACAGUCUGAUCUAAGCACUAAAGAAGAGGAGGAGGAGCAGAGGCUCUACAGAUCCAAACCACAAUUUCAGGGCCAGGUAGGGGAGCCUAGUCAGACCAUUGACAGGAGUGGCCCACUCAUAAAAAGCCUGCUGCGCAGGUCCUUAUCCAUGGACAGUCCCAUCCCAGUCUUCUCCCCCACACUGGAGCUCAAUAAACUGCAAGGCCGAGAACAGUCUGUUGUUAAGAUGGUGGAAAAUACAGAGGAAGAGAUUCAGACAGAGCACAAACAAAGUGUGAAAGUAGUUCCGUCACUUCUUCUCAAGUCAAGGCACCACAGUAGGCAUGAUAAAGAUGAAACUCCAGGAAAGGAGUUCCAUGUGAAGACCGAGCCUAGCAGCCCACUGUCUGACCCCUCUGAGAUCAUUAGGAUCACAGUUGGGGAUUCUCUACCAGUUAACAUCAAAAACAAUGAAAUUAAUUUUGACCAAGACCCUACUAAGCCAUUUUCUAAACUCCCUGGAAAGAGAAGGGUGAGGAGAGACAAUCGAAGGUACCCAUUCAAAAAGUCUAAAGGGGUGAACGAACAUGAUUUCUCAUGUGAAGAUGACGAUGACAAUAUGUCAGAAUCUGUACCUCACAACUCCAACAUGGAUGACUGGACUGAUGAUCCCAGGAAGAGCAAGAUGUUUAAAUGCUGGAUCUGUUUGAAAGUGUUCAGAUCCAAUGCUGGAUUGCACCGUCAUGUUAACAUGUAUCACAACCCAGAUAAGCCAUAUGCUUGUGACAUCUGCCACAAACGCUUCCACACUAACUUCAAAGUCUGGACCCACUGCCAAACCCAGCAUGGAGUGGUACAAAACCCUGCUUCAUCCUCUAGCUCAUUUGAGCUGGAUGAGAAGUUUCAGAGGAAGCUGAUUGAUAUUGUGCGGGAGAGAGAAAUAAAGAAAGCCUUGCUCAUGAAGCUGAGGAGAAAUAAGCAGGGUUCGCAGUCUCAGGUGUUUGCCAAAAAAGGUGGCCUGAGGUCCAAGUCAAAUUUGAUAUGCCCUUACUGUGGGAAAUUGUUUGUGUUUCUCUAUCAAUUCAAGCAGCAUUUGAAGACACACCCUGCGGAGAGAGACAACCAAGAGACUGAGAGAGAGAGCGGUCUCUGCCAAAAGGACCAGCCCAGUCAGAGAGACAACACAGACACAGAGGUUUACUCCUGCAGGCUCUGCAAUGAGAAGCUGUCCUCUCUCUUUGAGCAGGGAGACCACGAGAGGGGCUGUCGACACGCAACCGUGUGCCCGUACUGUGGCCUCCGAUUCUCCAGCCCAGCGGUUAAAAAAGAGCAUGAAGCACACUGCAAGUACAAGAAACUGACCUGCCUGGAGUGCAUGAGGACCUUCAAGUCUUCCUUCAGCAUAUGGAGACACCAGGUGGAGGUUCACAACCACAACAUUAUGACUGUUAAGGAGCAGCUGAGCCAUCAAGAGGAGAACAAUGGAGAGGUAUCUGACCACCUUGGAAGGCCUCUCCAUACCCAGGAGUCUGUGGGAGUGGGGAGCUCUAGAGAGGACAUCAUCGACAGUGACUCCUCAGGUCCUCCUAUGUUGGACUCUGAGGAUUCUUCAUCAUUUGUGCCCGAGGACCUGAAUGCUAGCCAGUGUCACAACGAACAUCACGGCGAGCUGACCGUGAAGGAUGAGCCCAUUGAGGAGGCCGUGAGCGAGAGGGAGGACAUGACGUCUGGGGCCUCCGUCGAACCUGAGGAGCCAGGCGUGUGGCCAUGCGAAAAAUGUGGCAAGCUCUUUGGUGGCCACAAAGACCUGGAGCGUCACCAGGAGCUGCUGUGCCACAUCAAACCCUUCAUCUGUCACAUCUGCAACAAGGCCUUCAGGACCAACUUCCGCCUUUGGAGCCACUUCCAGUCCCACAUGUCAACCUCCGACGAACCUGGAACGAGAGAGGUUGAUGACAGGCGCCCUUUGUCUCCCUCCCCCUCACCACCCCCAGCGGUCACACAUGCAACUGGAUGUCCUGCCCCACAAGUUUUUCCACCUAAACCAAUGGAGGCAGAUUCAGUGGUAGCUAAAGCUGUGGUAGCAAAAGAGAAGGAGAAGCCUGGGAGCUCAUCGUCAAUGCCCAGGACCAAGAGGCCAGAGAUGGACAGAUCACACAGUAGCCCCCUACCCAAGAUGGAUAGUGUGGAUAAUUCCCUCACCCCUCAGGAAUCAGAAACCCUUUUUUACCACGCCCCCACUCUCUCUGCCCUCACAUUUAAGAGGCAGUACAUGUGUAAGCUCUGCCACAGAACAUUCAAGACUGCCUUUAGUCUUUGGAGCCACGAGAAGAGCCAUAGUCACAUUUAAAUGUGUCUCACUCAAACACCUGUACUCUGUUUUGAGCCUCUGAGAUGAUACUUUAUGCUCACAGCAUCGUAAGAGAUCAAAUACAACUCAGCCGGCACAAGAAAGAUUUUGAAUGUAUCUAUUGCUGUUGGUAGUUGGCUUGCCUUCAUGUUAUCUUUUCCAGUGGCCAUGUGUCAUAGAGGUGAGAAAGUGAAUGUCUGCAAUGAACUGCUAUUUGACUCAUCAGCUCCUUACAAUGGUUACUUUGCCUUUGAUAUUGGAUUUACACAGUACUGACCUAUUUCAGAUAACUCCCUUUCAGUUGGCUUUACCUAUAUAACUAUUUUUUGGAUUCAAGAAAGUGCUUUAUUUAGGAAUUGCUGUACUGUACAAUUCAAGAACAGUUAUGUGCUUUUGCACGUUGUGAAUUUGUGUUGAUUGAUGUGUGAAGAUGAUAUUAGUGGCCUCAGGCAUCAUGUUUAUUGAUAUGCACUUUGCAAUUCUGUUCAAUAUUUACAUUACUUAUAAUGGUCAAAUUACAUUGAUUUUAAUUUCAGUUAUAUGAAUCUUUAUUUUGGAUCCUCUGCAUUCCAUUAAACAUUUCAGCUGUAAUCUGUUUUGUACCAUAAAAGUAUGGUUUUCAUAUUGACUAUUUGUAUAAUCUACAUGAAAUAUCAUUGAGGCAAUGACAAAAUCAGAAUGAAGAAUUAACACAAAUUAACAAGACCAAAGACCAGUUAGAUUAGCAGGGGGAUAAGAACUGGAAACGCAUGCAGUAUUUCAACUGACACUUUUUUUUUUGUUAUUGUAAAUCCUGAGUAAAAUAAAUAAUUUAUUGUUUAAUUUUAGCUAUCACUCAUUAAAUUACAGAUUAUCAUUAGUGGAUUAUUGUGUAAAGAAUAUGGAAAAUAUGUACUUUUGGGAAAGGAGUUUUGUUUACAUUCUGCCCACUGGGUGUGGUGUAUGGUAGAUUUUGUUUUUAAUUAUUAAUUUGUUACACAAAUAAAACAGCACACAAGCGACUUGUAGAGUGAAUUUGAAUUUUUUAUUUUAUUUAUUUUACCUUUAUUUAACCAGGCAAGUCAGUUAAGAACAUAUUCUUAUUUUCAGUGACGGCCUGGGAACAAUGGGUUAACUGCCUGUUCAGGGGCAGAACGACAGAUUUGUACCUUGUCAGCUCGGGGGUUUGAACUCGCAACCUUCCGGUUACUAGUCCAACGCUCUAACCACUAGGCUACGCUGCCGCCCCGAAUGGAUAAGAACAUGGGUAUUUUACUCUCUGUCAGCUCAAUACUAGUAUGAUUAAGUGUGAAAUAGUUUGAGGUUGAUAAAUACACAAGUAAUCCUAUGAAUUGAUUGCAUGGCCUUAGCAUAUGCAUCCUGAGACAAUGUUACAAUAGAUCUGUUAAAAUGAAGCACAGUCAGUGUUUUUGCAUAUUAACUUUUUUUACAUGGCUAUUUAGAAUGGUUUUACAACCAAGAGCCAAUAAAUGUGUGUGUGUAUAUAUAUAUAUAUAUAUAUAUAUAUAUAUAUAUAUAUACAGUACCAGUCAAAAGUUUGGACACCUACUCAUUCCAGGGUUUUUAUUUGUACUAUUUCCAUAUUGUAGAAUAAUAGUGAAGACAUCAAAACUAUGAAAUAACACAUGGAAUCAUGUAGAAACCAAAAAAGUGUUUAAAAAAUAUAUUUUAUAUUCUUCAAAGUAGCCACCCUUUGAAUUUGUUAACACUUUUGCACACUCUAGUCACCUGGAAUGCAUUUCAAUUAACAGGUGUGCCUUGUUCAAAGUUAAUUAUAUAUAUAUGUAUAUAAUAAUUAAGAACAUGUGAAAGCAAGACUGUUGCCCCUUGGGGGGGGAUUUGGAAAAUAAUUCCCUGUCCUAUAACAGAGUCAGAAUUUAAAGUGUGUAUUUUGGUUGUUUAAGUGUAUACUUUUUGCUGUGGUGGUGAUAGCUUCUUAAUUACACAUGGAAAAGGGAUUUUGAAAUUCGGUGGUUAGGUUCAAACAAAGUAUAUAUUUAUAUUUGUGCUCUGGAUUUUAUGCAAGAUCAUUAAAAAAAGAAAUUGUGUGCAAAGAAAUGAAAUAUAAUUUUGUGUAUAUGGCAGCAUUUGUAUAAAUGUGUACCUAUAAUUUGUUUGUUUAUGAAAAUACUUUUAGUAUUACUGUGCUAUUUCUGCAAUGAUUAAUAUUUGUAUGGUUGCUCGACAUGAACUACAGCUGUUUAGUUUUUUUCUACAGUUUUUGUGCUUGAAUUUUUUUCUGUAAUAAAGAGUUGAUAAUUCAGUAGCUG